CUUUCUAGUUUUUGUACGUAAAGUUUUCAUCUUUCUUGAGUUUAUAUCAGCACUGAUACAAUAAAACCUGCAGAGAGAGAGAGAGAAAGCAGAGUGGAGAGAGAAAGUAUCAGAUUCUUCUGACAGAUUUGCUAACUGACGAGGUGAUUAAGAGAGAGAGAAACAGAUCAAGUCAGUUAGCCUUGUCGUCCUCAUUAGACUGCUUCUUGAAAAUAGAAUAACUUUUUAAUCAUAAAUGCAUGUAUUUAUAAAGCUCUUGAGAAAAAAUACAAACAAGCAUUCAAUUUUAGAGAUAAAAAAAAAUAAAAAAAAAUGGCAGCUUUCGAGACAGCAAUGGAGUUGUUGAGGCCCCUCGUCAACACCAAGCCUUGGGACUACUGUGUCAUUUGGAAACUAGGAGAUGACCCUUCAAGAUUCAUCGAGUGGGGGGCUUGCUGUUGCGGCCAUGGAAAUGAGCCCGAGGAUAUUAAGAUAAAAGACGAUAUUGACCUUGAGUCACGUUUGAGUGGCGAGUGCAGGGAUAAGCUUAUUAAGCAUCGGAUUAGAGCUAAGGCCUGCGAGAGGCUUGCCCGAUUGCCAUCUGUCUUCUCCUUGUAUUCCGGUGUUCAUGGUGAUGUUGUGAUUUCCAAACAAACAAGAUGGUCAGUCCACAGUAAUCCCUUCUCUGCCUCAGAUGAUGUAAGAUUUAGCAAUUUCUCAUAUUAUGAUUUCAUCAUCUAAUCUAUAAAAUUCCUGCAAUUAUUUUUGAAUUGGCUGCUCAUGGACAGAGCUAACAUCACCAAAU